CUGUCCGAUAUGUCGCUUGAAAGAUGUUUGAUUCAACGCUAAGGUUGAGCCUUCGGAAUGCCGUGUUACUAAACCCUUACCAAAUGUGGUGUUUCUCCACUUGCUUCCACUAGAGGGAUGGUACUGUACAACAUUCCUGGAACAGCAUUCUGGUCAAACCAACACGUCCAUAAAAAAAAAUUGAGACGUACGCGUAAACCAAUUCGUCCUAUUUAUUUCAGUAUCAUCGUCCUCUUUUUCGUAUCAGAGCACUUCGAGGGGACAUUGUUCUUGAAACUCUUAGUCAGAGUCAACCAGCGACGCUGCAGUAACCAUAUUUCAGAUUCCUCAAAUCCCUGCACUCGAUGUUUCAGCAACAUCAAGUUAAGUUUGCUGUUUUCGCGGUGCUUUCAUCUCGCUUGUUAGUUAAAGCACGUGGUAAACGUGGACUCCAUGAGAACGCCAACGCCCAUGGUGUUCGAUCGAGCAUGAAUGUGUCACCUUACUCGUUAUGACCGCUGACCGCUUGUCAAUCUUUUCCUGUUCCACUAUUUUCAGUUCUACGUUUAUGCCGUAACUUAGCAUGAACUGGUUUUGAGUACCUGCAGAGAACCCCUAGGGAAAAGCGCACGUUUUGCAGACUUGUGUCAUCCCGCCAACCACGAGGUAAAAAUGAAGUUUCGGAUGUUUCAGAUCCCUUCCAGCGAAAUGUGGCGCCGGU